AUGGGUCAGGAAACUGGCCAGGAUGAAACUGGUGCCUAUUUGAUAGACCGAGAUCCCAUGUACUUCGGACCUGUAUUAAAUUAUCUUAGACAUGGAAAAUUAGUUAUCAAUAAAGACUUAGCAGAAGAAGGUAUUCUAGAGGAAGCAGAAUUCUAUAACAUCACUGCAUUAAUAAAGCUUGUCAAGGAAAGAAUGAAGGAAAGAGAAGCGAGGAAUUCUCAGGGUUCAAGAAAACAUGUGUAUCGGGUAUUACAGUGUCAAGAGGAAGAACUCACUCAGAUGGUAUCAACAAUGUCGGAUGGCUGGAGAUUUGAGCAGCUGGUAAACAUAGGUUCAUCAUAUAAUUACGGCAAUGAGGACCAGUCAGAAUUCUUAUGUGUGGUGUCAAAGGAAGUCAACAAUACGGGAGCAUCAACGGGGGAGAACUCAGAUAGGGCAAAGAUUCUUCAAGAGAGGGCAUCAAGAUCUCGAGAACACAGGACAUAGGGAGAAGAUUCUAUGCUCUAUCUCAACUUCUUCUUUCCCAUCUCUCGUGUGAUUUCUGCAAGCCUUAGGCGGUUAUAGAUAGUGUAAAGGAAAAAAAAAAAUAAAAAGACAAAAAUACAAGAACAUAGAGGAUUUGUGUGUGCAUGGUUUGACUUUUCAUAUUUCUUUUGUAAUCUCUAGUUUGCUAGCAUUUGAUUUUUAUUAUUUGUAUUUGAAUGGUUCAUCAACAACGAAAUCCCUUGGCACUGGAAGUUUUGCAUUGGAAGGCUUUGUUGGAUGGCCUGAAUGGAAAGCCUCAGUAGUUGCGGGUUACCAGGCCAUCAGACGUGGUGCGUCAUUGACCAAACAGCUUGUCAUCACCCUUAUUAUUCUCGUUAAGUCAUCUUAUUGGACAUCAUGAGCUAGGUUUCAGGAGGUCAUUGAACUUCUACAAGGUCACUUCUGGAAUGUGAGCCAAGAUUUCAUUACGUUAACCUUAUGCCUACUGGAAUCGGUAGAUCACUGUGCAAAGUCUAUAGAAAUGACAGGAUUCAGAGUAUGCAUGUACAAGUCAAAGGCAGUGUGUACCGUCCAUAAGGUUGUAAGGAAAAUCUGCAAAUAAUGGAAUUGAAUGGAAAGAUAUGAAGAAGUGUUAGUCUCCUCAUGAUUUCCCUAAUUGUUAUUAAAUAUCUUUAUUUCCUUGUCCCUAUGAAACUAAUCACAAAGAUUCUCCUCUGUCAAAGAAAAUGAUGUAAAAAUGAUAAAAAUUACACGUUUUCAUCCCUCUGAACCCCAUGCAAUGUGUCAGGUGAUUUUCUAACCACCACUGAAAAAAAACCAAGGUGAGAAUCUCUGUACACACUGUUGUCCUCUAUGAUGUAAGCAAGGCAAAGCAUCUUAGAAAUCCUUCCCUGUUGAAUACACGUAGUUCUUGAUACUGAUAGUGUAAUCAGUAGCGGACCGUGACCCGGAGGAAACAGAGCAUUGGAGGGGCGCAGCAUUGUUCACAAACUAUACAGUGCCCCUCCAAUCGUUGUCUCCUCCGGGUCACGGUCCCCCACUUAGUGUAGUAGUUGUUUAUCCUUCUCAAGUUGCCCCAUCCCCCCCCAAAUAUUUUAGGGAUGUAUGUGUGUAUAUAGGUGUUUGUGAGAGAGAGAGACAACCCAUAUUUUAGAUGUAAUAUAAUUUUAUUAUUAAUAUUCAGGAAAGUUUUUUUUAGAAGUCUUAUAAAAGUUAUAGAUUACCUUAAAAGUUCAAGCUGUAGUACAAAUGUAAAAGACUUCUCGGAAUAAGUCAUGAAGACUUGAUCUUUUUAAUGCAUCUGUUUUUUCAAGAUGCUGUUAUGCAAUAAGAAUUGCAUACAUGUAUCCCAAAUUACAUGUAAGGGAGUUGAAUUUAUUCGAGCACAGGAAUUUGACGGUUUUAGUGUUACUGUAUUCAGUGCCUUUCCCCUUUAAAUGUAAGAUACCACAAAAUCAAAUUCGACUUUUUCCAUUCCCUUUUUUUUGUCAUUGUAUAUAAGUACUUAUCAGAGGAAAUGUAUUGUAAUUGUUGAAUAUAAUUCUAGUUUUCAGAGCAGCUGGACUUCAUCCUUGUUCCCGUUUUUUUUUUUUUUUGUUGGUAUUACCAGAUUUGUCCCUUUAUAUGCCCAUGGUAUCUUUACAACUCUUGAUUUUGUUGCUGCCUGAAAAAAAGAACUGAUGAUAAGAGAGAUCGAUUUCUUUUUCAUACUAGAUAGGUAAUAGUGCCAAUUGUUAUUUUUUAUUAUUAACAUCUCAUUGUAUGCAUUGUUUAGACUUUCUUUAUUCUUGCAAAUGUAUUUUUCUUUGCAAAUUUUCCUUUAAAUUGAUACUCUUUCAAAUUCUGGUGCUAUUUACAUUUGCUAGCAUCUCUUUGUAAAUUCAUUUUAUAUGUUGUUUCACAAGUAAAAAAGUUAGAUGGUAAAUAUAGAUUCUUUGUAGUUUUUAUUUAACCAUAUUUGCUCCGAAGAGAAUUUGAGAAUACGUUUCCAAAGGCUCUAAUGGAAAUAUUUGCCUCCAAGUAACAGUAUGUUUUCCCAUUUAUUGGACAGGUUGAACUCUUGGUCUCCAUUUGUAAGGUAAUAAAAAUGUUUGGCUUGAAAAAAGAAUUUGUUGUCAAACUUUUCUUGGAAGGGAAAAUGGGAAAAAUUCUUGAAAGGUGCAAUUUUUUUAAAGGAAACUUUGAAUAUAUUUUGUACUUUUUCAAGAUCUAAUCUGACUUUCCUUGUUUGGGUUGAUGAUUUACAUUAGAAGUCAAUCAUGAUAUUUGUUAUAUAAUCAUUUUUCUUUCCAUAAUCAACUAAUUCAUUAAAUCAUGUGUAACCUUCCAAUAAAUUUCUAAAACAACCCCUCGAUUUAUCUUUGUGCUGUAAUACUGGUAUCAUCAUAUUUCAGCAUUUGCCAUACUUUGUGAUAGUCAAAUGCAUUGAGUGUUCAGUACAGAACUCUUCUCUCCUCGAUGCUAGUUUCCCCCCUUCUGCAGAGUCUGUUGUGUUCUGUACUAAAAACUGUUGUUUUUUAUUCAUAUAUGGCUUAAAUUUGUUGUUGCAUUUCCUUUUAAAAGAGUUUUCUGUUGUGGUACUUACUGGCUGAUGCCAGAGUGUUUUGCACACACACAUGUAUGUAUGUAUAUUGGAAACUCGUAUAUCACAUGUAUAGCUGAAAUUAGUACCGAGCAAUAACCAAGUCAUUAUGUACAGAGAGCCUUUCCCUUUUUCGUUAGGUUUUUCUUAUUGAUAAAAAUUUAAUGACCGUUUUGCAGCACUUGCAUAGACUAAUGUGAUGAUGUAUAUUUUUAAACAUCAGACUAUUCAAGAGUACAUAGAUAUAGAAGUUUUGUGUCAGCUUGUGUAAAUAAGCCAAUGCAAUCUUUUUAUGACCCCUUCGCAAAAUCAUGUGCAAAGAUGCAUUAUCUGUAUGCAUCAGGAUUUGCCUAUGUAAGACAUUUUCAUAUACAUAUACUCAGACAAAGCAAAAUUUAAUAUCCAGAUUUUUAAAAUAUAGCUGUGUUUAUUUAUUUCAUGAAUCUUGAUUUCUUAUCAUGUCUUGUUGAAUAAUUCAUAUUGAAGUCUUAAUCAUAUCUUUUUUUUUCUUUUCAGUAGAUAUCUUAGUUGAACAAUUUUGAUAUGCUUUUUAAUACUAACCGUAAAAUUUGGAUGUUGAGUAAUUUUUUGAUGUGUCAAAGAAGUGCCAUCGAUUUGUUGAUAUUUAUAGGAGAUGUCAUAAGUUUAGACAGCAGUUAUUUGAGCAUUGCAUUAUGAUAUGGCUUAAAUUUGUGCAAAACUAAUGUGAAGUACAUGUAAGACAGUAGAAUUACUUUGCAUACAGAGGAGCAAAGUGAAUAUUAACUAUUAAAUGAUGAACUUACUGUAAGUUUAUUGAGUUGGUAUUAACUUUAUGACAUGCUUAAUUCUGUUUAUAACAUUGUUUUUUUCUUAGAUGUCUGUAACAUUCCUGGGUCAUUUGAAGAAAAAAGAAAUGUUUGUGUGCUUAGUUCUUUUGUAAAUUAUGAAGUCACAUUUUUGAAGUCACCCCAGAUGGUCAUUUAACUCUACUGCUGGACUAGUCAAAUACAUUACUAUGUGUACCAUAGUUUGAAGAAAAACUUCACAAAUAUUAGCAUUGUGAUAUUGACUUGAAUACAGAUAGAAAAAAGAUGUUGAUAAAGUUUGUGAUUGAAUCAUUUUUUUUCUCACUGCAUUUUGAAAAUGAUAUCUAAUCAAACAUUUGACAUCAAAGAGUAACUAGAUUUGAGUGAUAUGUUAAGAAACGUGAAACAUGAAAUGGUAACAAUUAUAUUCUACAUAAAUCAAAUAAUGUAUGCUGAUUGGUUCAAAUAACAUCGUUUGACCAACAUAUUCUCACUAUUUUGCAAUGAUGUUGAAAAUGAAACGCCCACUGAAGAAAAAUUGCUAUUCCGUGACGUCAAUGAUGGAAUAGUGCACUAUUCCAUCAUUGACACAGAUCACGCCAUCUCUCGGGCGUAGGCACAAAUGCGCGUUCUGCUGAGCGCAUAGCUUCAGGAAAAGUAGGUCAGUCAGCGCAGCACGUUAUUUAUAUUUUGGUUCAGAUUUUUAAAAAAGAUGAAAUAAGUGUACAAAAACUAGAUUAUCAAGAUCUGUUCUAACUUAUUAAAUGUAGGAUAUAAAAAUAAAUAUACCUGGCCUUUAUUUUGAAAGUAUAGAGGGAACUAUUUAUCCUUGGUUGUACUGGCAAAAUUACUAUUUCUCCCUCUGGGAAAAAUAGUAAUGCCAGUCCAACCUGGGACAAUUAAUUCCCGCUAUACUUACUCAAAGCCUGGUAUAUUUUUAUAUUAAGUUAUAUGAAGUAUCAUGAAACAUAAAUUGUAGAUGAAUUUCAUUCAUGCACAUUAAGUCUGUUUACAAUGCAAUUCUAAAUUCAUGUAUACAUAAAAGAAUUUGUUAUGAACAUAUUGACGCUUUCCCAUACAUGAUUUUUUUCUUUCUCUUUCCUUUAAAAACAAGCUAAUGCAAAUUGAAUGUGGGUGGGUAUACAACUUUGAUGUCAUGUUUGAAAAGCACAAAUAUUUUGUGAUGAUUUUGAAAUGGUCUCCAUGUAAAGUAAAGUCUAUGUACUGUCCUUUAUACAUUAUUGUUUUUUUAUAUGCCAGGUUUUUGUUUUCUUCAUGAACAUAUCUGCAUGUUUUUUAUUAUCUUCUUGUGUAUCUAUUUUGGGGCAGGUCCCCAGAUGUGCAUUUUAGAGGCAACUCGACAAUUUGUUAAUA